AUAUAUUCUUCUCCUCGUCGUUUCCGUUAUCGCUAUUCAAGCUCGAUCACCACCAAAUUACAAAUGCAGCAAUAAACCUCUAUGCAUGAAGUACUGUAAAUACGGUAACUAUGUCGACCAAGAUGGAUGUGCUAUUUGUGAAUGUAAACAACCUCCUCACUGUUCAGCUGUUAUGUGUAAUAUGUACUGUGAACACGGGUUUAAAGUUGGAGCUGAUGAAUGUGAAAUUUGUAAAUGCAACCAGCCUCCUCACUGCUCAGAUGUUAUGUGUGCUAUGUACUGUGAACAUGGAAUUAAAGUUGGAGCUGAUGGAUGUGAAAUUUGUAAAUGCAACCAGCCACCCCAUUGUCCCGAUGUGAGGUGUAGAAUGUUCUGUGAUCAUGGAUUCAAAGUUGGAGCUGAUGGAUGUGAGAUUUGUCAAUGCAACAAACCACCUCGAGUUGGUUACGGAAUCUAAAGAUGAUAGACAUAUUGCAUGUAUACAACAACUACUAACAAAGACUUUGAGAGUAUAUAUAUUCAACAAUAAAUUUAAAGUUUAUUUCUUAUUUUUAUUCUUUUUCCUUCCUGAAUCAAGUCAUAGUGUAACAGAAACUAAACCUUUAGUAAAUAUAAUGUAAUGUGCAAACAUGAGUUGUAACAGGGAAAAUCCAUAAAUUUCACAAACACACGAGGUAUUUGACAAUAAAAAAUACUGGCAUUGA